UCAACUCGGAACUCUUACUCAGUUACUGUCUUAGUGUCUAAGAGAGAAAAUGACACGACACUCCAGGAAUUGUACUGCUGGAACAGUAUACUCAUAUCAUGAACGACAGAAGGACACAAACCAAUCAGGAUAUGGGUCAAAGAAAUCAAGGCUUGGCAAAGACUCUAUAAAGGAUUUUGACUGCUGUAACCUUACACUACAGCCCUGCCGAAACCCAGUUGUUACACAGGAUGGAUAUUUGUAUGACAAGGAAUCAAUUCUGGAGUAUAUAUUGAAAAAGAAGAAGGAAAUUGCUCGUAAACAGAAAGAAUAUGAAAAACAGAAAAACAGAGAAAAGGAAGAACUUGCAGAAUUAGCCAAAGCUGAAAGUGAAACACAGAAGCAGGAAUUUAUGUCAGCAAAUUCUCAAGCUCCAGUCACCAAACAGACAGGUGAUAAACCAUCAACUUCAAGUAUCAGCAAUAUGCAGGAGGGUAAAAAUAAAGCCCUCCCAAGUUUUUGGAUUCCCUCCAUGACUCCAGCUGCUAAUGCCACAAAGAUGGACAAACCAGAUGAAAAAGUCAGAUGUCCCAUGAGUGGAAAACCAAUCAAAUUAAAAGACCUUUUUCCAGUUCACUUCACCCCGAUCAAAGAUCGUGAUGAGAAGACAGCUUUAAUUUCAAAACAGGCCCGAUAUGUUUGUGCAGUAACAAAUGAUGUCUUGGGAAACUCUGUACCAUGUGCUGUGUUGAAAACAUCGGGAAGUGUGGUCACCCUUGAUUGUGUCGAGAAGCUUCUAAAAAAAGAUAUGCUGGAUCCAAUCAACAACAAACCAAUGAAGGACUCGGACAUCAUUCCACUCAAGGGAGCUUCUGGAUUUUCUGGAUCAGGACAUCAACUUGAAGUGAAGAAGGAUGGAGCUGCUAUUAUGGCAUAGUAUUAUUUAAAUGUGAUAUACAAUGUUGAACCAGUCAUUGAAUUGAGCCUAUAAAAUAUAGAUUUUUACUAUUCAGAAAAAAAUGCUGUUUCAAAUGUGGUUCUUCAGGCUGCAGACAUAUAGACAUCUGUAUACAUGUAUGUAUUAUGUUUAUCUCUGAUUGAAAUGUCUCUCUGUUUAUUGAUUUAGAUGUAAAGAAAGUGUUUAAAAAAAGUCUGUUUAUCUGUAUAUUCACCAAAUUUUGAUAGAUUUUAUGAUUUUAAAUCUUUUCUUUUUUUAUCAGUGGUGGUUCUUUGUAAUGUUUUAACAAUACAUGUAUUUCAAAUGCAAAAUGUAAUUUCAUUUGCCACUAAUAUUUAAAAUACUUGAUCUAGAUCUGAAAUGAUUGUUGUUUACAUGUCCAGUAAUGAUAUAAUUCAAUAACCUAAAUAGCUUUAGACAUGAGGGAUCUUCAUUUUACUGUAUGGAAUGCACAAAUCUGUCAUGAUUUUUUUUUUAAGCUAGCCUUAGCCUAAGGCUCAAAUGAACUUUUCUUAUCAAAGUUUUGUUGGCUUCUAUGUUUAAUUUCACCUUUCCCUAAGGAAACAGUGCCAGUUUAAACAACAAUUGCAACAAAGCAUGGGUUGGUGGUGGAAAUUCAACUUUUGAGGAAAUGAAUGACAGGAUUUUAUUGAGGAAGAGAGGAUAGAAGGUAAAAAUAGGGUGGGGUCAUGUAAUAUAUCUUUUUUUAAAAGACCACUGGGGCAGAAAUUAAUAUAAUUAAACCUCAUGUUCAUUACAUGUAUAGGAGAAAUUCUUAGAAAUCCUAUCAAAAUCACUAACCUUGAAUUCCAUAUGGGUUAUAGAUUAGAAUAAAGUUCAUUUAAAGCCCAUGUGGAUAGGAUGGGUUUCAUUUGGGUGGAGACAGAGUGUAGAUUUAAGUUUCAUUUUAUUGCUUGGGUUGGGGCACAAUAGAGCCAGGGUCUAAGUUUGAGAUGGGAUGUGAUAGAAAAAAAUCUGACAAGUUAUCCAACAGGAAGGCUACACAUACACAAUGUAAUAAAUAUACAAAUACCCUUUAUAAAAGAUGCUUUUAUUCGAUUAUUUGGACAAUAAAAAUUGUACAUGUCUGACUGAGAUAAGAUAAUAUCAUACAGUGUCUUGAUUAAUGACAUAGAGUGGCAAUGAUUUAUAUAUGUCCAGGCACAAAGUUUAGGGAAAUGUUGUUCAUUUUGUGUGAAUAAAUGUUUCUUUAUAAUAAAAAAAUCAACUUGC